GAACGAAAACGGACGUCGCGAUACGGCACAGCGUGGGACGACAGCGAGAUCGAGGAAAGGAUGGACGGUCGUCUUCGAGAAACGGCCAGGAUGCUCGUCGUCUGCCUGGUCUACCUUUUGACGCUCCUCGGUUCGUACUGUCGAAUGGCACCAGCAGUUGCUGGUGGCACCAAGGGCUGGGAGAUAGGAAACGGGCACAGAUACAAUCUGAUGAACACGCUUAUCUUCAGAGAGGCUGCACCAUCGAAAUCCGGAGGUGAUGUCGGCUUCAGGCUGACCGGCGAGCUGGACAUCACCGCAUUGUGGCAGGAUUCCAACGAUCCUAAUAUCUUUCUACUUAAAUUCGAGUUACUGUCACCGCAAUUAUGGAUCAAGUCCCGGCGAGCUCCGGAGCCAGAGGGGUUCGUCGAGCACUCGUCCAAGGUGGAGGAGGUGGCCGAGAAGCCCUUCUUCGUGGUCUGGCGACACGGCGACGUCGAGGCCGUGUACAUGGAUCCGGCCGAGAGUGCGUCAUCCGCGAACCUGAAACGCGGUCUAGCUAGUCUCUUCCAGUAUCGAACGCUCGACGACGAGGUGCGCCAACGGGACGCUUCCGGUCUCUGCAACGUGGCCUAUGUGACAUCCGGAGACAACGUUAUCGAGAAACUGAAGACUGCCUGUGUACACAGUACAUUACCGCCGCCGAGGCAGCACCCGAACCCGGUGUUCGCCGUCAAACUCAAGAGUUAUCGCAAUUCCACGUACGUGCUGACGCAGUCGCUGUUACCGGAGCACGUGCUCGAUUAUGAAUUGCACAGGAUGACCUUGGUGUCCAAAUCCGACGUCGGUACGAACGUCGUGUCGGAGAGAAUGCUGAAGCAGACGGGCUCUGAGGCUCUGAGCGCGACGGUGGUCCAGGCGGAUUCCGCGAGGCACGCGGUGAUGCUGCUCAAGCCCGAAUACAAAGAAGCCCAGAUCGAGCUGCAACCGGUGUCGGCCAUAUGUCCGGACGCUGGAUGUCCUACGAUCGAUCAGGCGAUCGAAGAAUAUCGCGAGGCGUUAACCACUUCCGCGCUAGGCACGGCGAAAUCUGCGUCGGCUUUCCUCAAGCUUCUACCUCUAGUCAGGACCGCCUCGCCCGAAGAGCUGCAUAAAAUCUUGAAGGCUCCACGCUAUCGGCAGAUGAAGAUGCAACUGCUGGACGUAUUCGGCGCCGCGUCUACGUUGCCCGCUCAUCAAGCCGCCAUGAAGAUACUGCGGCAAGACGAGACCGGCGACGAGACUGAGAGAUACCUCUGGGCCCUGUCCCUUUCGCCGACGCCGCAUAUAGACGUCGUCAAGGACGUCCUCAAACGCUCCGAGGAGACGAUGCAAAACGACAAGGUGUCCGAGACUUACGCACUUGCGGCAGGCGCGAUGGCGUGGCAUUACGGCUCCGCCACGAUGAUCGAGAAGUCGCGAGUCAGCCUGGAACUGGGUCUGGAGACUUGCACCAGCGAGGAGUGCAAGAUUAAAUUCCUACGAGGUCUGCGGAACUUGAAGAGCCCGGCGGCGAUAUCCACGCUGCUGGUGCACGCGUUGAGCGACAGCAAGGCCGUCAGUGUCGCCGCCUGGCGGGCCUUGCUGGCUCUUCCGCGCGAGGCCGUGACUGACGAGCUGAAGGAUGCGGCGCGGAGGGUCUUCUAUCAGAUCGGAGGUCCGCGAAGGGACAGCAGCGCGCGAACGAUCGCGCUGGACAUCCUCCUCGAGAACGAGCCCUCCGAGCAGGUCCUGCGCGACUUCGUCGAGUACUUGAGCGGCAACGACCCGGCCUACGAGGUCCGCAAGUACCUGAAUCAACGUCUGGAACAAAUUGCCGAGAGGAACGCGCGAUUCGCCGAGUACUUGAGUACGUACGCGAACGCCAACGCGACGAUUAACAAUUAUCAUGUGCAAGCGCAGCGCGGUCUCAGCACCGCCUUUACAAGGAACUUCCUGCGCUCGCCCAACGUCAACGGUUCCCUGGUUACCAUUCAGGAGGUGUACUCCGGCCUCCUGAAGCGCGGCAUCGUAGAUGUCGUGUUGGAGAGUAACGAGCAACGGCAAGCAAUGUUCUCGCUGGGACUGUUCGCCAGCGGCCUCGGCAGCUUUGUCUCGAGCCAGGACGAAGGAGCGGAGGCUGAUGACGACGUGGCCACUGCUGGAAUGGAGAUAGAUCUUCUCGGCGUUGGGAUACGACCGUUCGUCUUCUUCUCGGGUCAAGGCGAGCUGAUGGGCCACGUCUGGUCCGGCACGGCGUCCGAGAGGACCCCCGCCUUCCAGGCCCUCGCUUCCCUGUAUAGUCAUAGCGAAUAUGUGCCAUUGGGAUCCGGUUUCGUCGCCGAGGUUGACGUUCAGGGGGCCGUGAGCUUCGACCUGGCCGGCCAGAUCCAGCUGAGCCUGUGGUCGAGGAACGCGCAAUCCUUGGUGGAGAUGGACGCCGGCGUGAUGAUUCACGGCGGCACCAGGGUGCACACGAGCUUCGUGCAGAGCAAAUCGGAAUUCACACUGGCGAUGGAGCCGAAACUCGAACUGUCCACCGACGUGGACUUUUCCGGGCCGGUGUCACUCUGUAUGAGACUAAGCCAACCGGUCACCACGGUGAAGCAUCAGGUCUACAAGAUCGAGAGAAUACCCGGCAGCCGGCAUAGAUUGAGGAAAACGCAAUGGUCGAAGGUUCACUCACCCGGCAGGUCCUACAGGCUCAAUCAAAAGAACAACGAGAUGUGCGCGAAGUUCGCGUUCAGUUAACGCAAAGUAGCGCAAAGAUUGCUCAAUGGGACUUUUUUAAUUAUACAUAAUUUAUAACUAUGAAACUGGACUAUGAAACUGUUUUUUUUUCUCUUUUUACCAUUGUGAACCUCGAUAGUGUAAGGGUGAACUCUGACUAUAUUAUACGACAACGUGUUUAAAUCGAUGGAUAGUGUUACACUUGAACCUCGAUGUUUAAAGUUAACCGAACGUACUUCGUUACCCAAUAUUGAUCCCGUACGAGAUUAAUAUUGUCAAAAUUUUAGAUAAUAAAAUAAUAAUAAAUAUAAUAAAUAUAAUAA